AUGUCGUCGUCGUCUUCGCCUUCCCUCCUCUCAUCGCGGCUCCCCUCCCCCGCCACCCUCUUCACAAAGAAGCCGGCUUCCCUGCGCUCCGUUUCCUCUGCGACGGCGAGGCACGGGGUUCGGGUGGUGGUAGCCGCGGCGUCGGCGGCCGCAGCGGCACCGGUGUCCGCGGCGCGGGUGCGACCGUCGGCAGCGGAGGUAGCGCGGACGGUCGUGGAGCUUGCCGCGUCUGGGACGCUCUCCGUGGUGGGCCCCGACGGCUGGCCUCUAGGCGUCGGCGCGCGCUUCGUCACGGAUGCAGCCGGUGCGCCCGCUCUCUGCCUGGCUGCCGCGGGGGUCGCCGCGCCCGAUGCGCCGUCCAGCUUCCACGUCGAGUUUCAACAGAGUGGGGCUAGGACACCACAAUGUACUAUGCUUGGUGCCUUAACUAAGCCUAGUGAUGAGUCUGUGCUGAAGAAGCUUUCUACUAGGUGGCAAAAGAAAUUUGGGGAAGAGAUUGAUCAAGAUCUUUUGUAUUUAAUUUCUGUUGAUCGGAUCUUGCACAUGGAAGAUUUCAAUGAGGACGGUAUGUGGGUAGUUCCAUCGGAGUACACCAGUGCAGAACCUGAUCCUCUGCGCAAUUUUGCUGAAAACAUCGUGGAGGAAUUUAACAGCAAAAAUGCUGAAGACGUCCAUAGGAUAUACAGCAUAUAUGUCGAAUCAGAUUUACAGGUGGCAGAUGUGAAUAUGAUAUGGGUUGACAGGCUAGGUUUCGAUUUUCAUGUUCAUUCUGGGGAAGGUGUCUUUGCUGUUCGGAUCCCUUUUUCAAGGGAGGUCUCUGAUGAGAAGGGGGUAAAAUCGUCAUUCAACAUGAUGUCUCAUCAUGCAUGGGAGGUGGAGAAGAGCUAUGCCAGUCCAGAGUUUGAGAAGGUGCAGUUCUUGAAGAAGAUAAUGCGGAAGAUCUCUUACCUUGUGAUUUCCUACAUGUGCAAGAAACAUGCGGGUAAGAGCUUGCAAGGCAUGAUUGGAGGGAGGUCAAUGGGUUUUCAUGUGGGAGAAAUUCUAACCAUCUGA